ACUAAACGUGCUUUAUGAAACUUGCAAAUAACAUCAACCACAAAGGUUGCAGGGAGAGAAUGGAAACUUCCUGUUUCUAUCAUGUGUUUCGCUGAAGUCUACAUUUGCCAUACAAAACAGUGACAUAACGAAAAGCAGUGGAUUUGCCAUUUUCACCAGCAUUGUGUGAGCACUUAGAAUCCAUCAGAUGGAGAUUUUCUGGAGAUGUGUGACCCUCUUAAGUCUCUGUCUUUUACAAAGCACUCCAUCUGAAACACAGAACACAUGCAAAGGCGAACUCCCACUGAUCGAGUAUGUGCCACUGAACAGUACCGUUAAAGUGGCCUGCCCUAAACUCAGUGCACCAGAAAUGGACUUCAGAUUGUUUAAAGACGGUGAUGAGGUCAUCUCCAUUUAUGUGAAGAUAAAUCAUACGUCCAUCCCCAAAACAAACACAAACAAGGAGUUCCCUGCCGAAUUCAGUGUUGAUUUGGAUAACAGUUCCAGCUUCAUCCUAACUGUUGUGACUGUGAAUAUGACAGCCCUGUACACCUGUGAGGCCAGCAUUAGCUAUCCACCUCCAUUUAAGUAUGUGGACCACAAACCACAAACUAUUGUGUUUGUUGAAGCCAGGUCAGAAAAAAGACCUGAUCUUUGUCAGCAAAGUAAUCAUCUGAAUUUGUGGGUAGCUUUCGGACUUCUGGCCACAUACGGAGUGCUCAUGACUUGCAUCACUAUCUUGCGGAUCAAGCCAAGACAAAUUGGUUUCUUCAAGGACAGAGAAUGUGGCCGGAAAUGGCAGGGGGUUCAACAUCCAACCCGGCAGGGUUUUUACAUACAACCAAGGAACUGUUUGACAACAUCUACUGUAACAAAACCUCUCUAAGAAGACCAUCAAAACAACAACAGAUCUGAAAGCCAAAAGCAUCAGUGGCAUCCAGAGACAAGUCCAAUUACAUUAAUGUAUUUUCUGUUUUAUAUAUUUUCAUUUAAUUUACUAUUAAAUGUAGCCAAAAUAAUAUAUUAGAUUUUUAUUAUGUACAGUGAUUUCUGAACUGUAUAAUUUGAUCUCCCAACCCUUUUUAAUUUUAAAGACAGAAAACAUUCAGCAUCAGUUUAUAUACUACACUUAUACUACUCAAAAUUAUUUUGUUAAAGUGAUUAACAUAAUUUGUUGCAAAAGGUU